AUUAGUAAAUAUUUUAGCUAGCUAGCAUCUACUAACGACAUUUUAAUCACUUCUAAGCCACUAUAAAAGAAGGGAACUCUGAAAUAAUUUUUAAAAUAAAUUUUAAACUAUCCAAUAAAUGGCUGAAAACGCGGAAAUCUUCUACAAGCGCCAGAAGGCCUUCCUGAACAUAUUUUCAUUGUGGCCCUCCGAAUCAGGCUAUCGGAGGACUCUGCACCAGGUUAACUGCAUCCAAGGGAUUGGCUUUUGGGUGCUGCUCUUCGACCUGUUGGUAAUUCUGUAUAUCUUGGGCAACCUGAACCGCAUGUCCGAGGUGGUGAAGGCGUUCUUUGUGCUGGCCACCAGUCUGGGGGUCACCAUCAAGCUCAUAAGUAUAAAAUGGUACAAUGUGGAGUUGGACAGGCUCUUUGCCCGUCUGGACGACGAGGAGUUCCGGCCACAAGGACCCAAGGAGCGGUCCAUCUUUGCCGCUGCCUGUGAAUCGAGUCGGUGGCAAAGGGACGGCUACAUGUACAUAUCCUUGGCGGCUCUGGGAGUGAUCCUUAUCCCGCAGCUCAUCUUUGAGUGGUCGUACUUGCCACUGCCAUUGUAUAGUCCAUUUGGUGAAGAUCCCCGCACAGCCGGGUAUUGGAUUAUGUACACUUAUCAGUUUAUAGGCGAGACAAUAUCCUGUUUGACCAACAUAGGAUUCGAUCCCCUGUGCUCAUCGUUGUUCAUAUUCAUCAAGUGUCAGCUGGACUUUGUGGCGGAAAGAUUCAAAAAACUGGACCGGGAGUCCGAGGAUGAUGGCUUAAUUGGCGAGGAGCUGAGGAAGUGCAUCCGCCAGCACAUGGCCGUUGUGGAUCUGACGGCGGAAGUGGAGAAGCUCCUAACCAAAACGAUUUCGUUGCAGGUCUUUUGUACAGUACUGGUGCUCACAGCCAACUUUUAUGGCAUUGCUGUGCUCUCUAAUGAGAAGAUGGUCUUGUUCAAGUUCAUCGUUUACCAGGCCGCCAUGUUGGCUCAGAUCUUCAUUAUGUGCUACUAUGCCGGAAUCGGCAACAUGUUUCAGCAUCAGUUGGUCACGGAGGACUUUUACAAUUACCAGGUAUGGUACUUUCAGAUUUUGGGCGCCUGGAGGCUUCCCAUUUGGGCCACAGGAGGGCAAAAAAGAUCCCAUGCCUUCCGCUUUGGCUUUAUCCUGGUGAUGCUCUUUGUUAUGCUAUUGCUCUUUGCCGUGGAGCUGGUGAACAAUAUCUCCCGGAUACGGCACAUCCUGAAGGUGUUCUUCAUGUUCGCCACGGAGAUGUCCUGCAUGACCAAGCUGUUGCACCUGAAGUUUAGGAGCCGGAAUCUGGCGCACAUGGUCGAAAUGAUGAAAUCCAAGACAUUCUCCACUCGGGGAAAGGAGGAGAUAGAGAUCAUGGAAUCGGCCAGGAGGGUGGUGAUCAAAAUGCGUAACUUCUAUGGAAUCUUAUCCCUGGGAACGGUCUCGCUUUUCCUGAUAGUACCCUUUUUUGCUGGACUGGAGGAACUACCUAUGACCAUGUACGAGGUGUGCAACAUCCAGGGCAGCUUGUGCUACUGGCUCCUGUUUGUGUUCCACUGUGCUUGCCUGCUGCCCACCUGUGUCCUGAAUAUUACCUACGACUCUGUGGCUUUUUCUCUCCUCACCUUCCUGAGGGUACAGCUGCAAAUGUUGGUCCUGCGCCUGGAGAAACUUGGCUCGGAAAUAGAUCCCAGAGAUAACCAGCGGAUUGCCUGGGAGCUGCGGGAGUGUGCCAGCUACUACAACAGCAUUGUGCAGUUCAAGGACUUGGUGGAGGAGUUUGUCAAAGUUCCGGGCUCUGUGCAGCUCAUGUGCUCAGUUCUCGUCCAGGUCUCGAGUCUGUAUGACAUUUCCACUAUCUCGAUAGCCAAUGGAGAAGGAAUUUACAUGGCCAAGACCUGCAUCUACCAGCUGAUGAUGCUUUGGCAAGUUUUCAUCAUCUGCUACGCCUCCAACGAGGUGACCACCUACAGUUCUCGGCUCUGUCACGCCAUCUACAGUUCCCAGUGGACGGGCUGGAGCAGGAUCAACCGCCGGAUGAUUCUGAUGAUGAUGAUGCGCUUCGACUCGCCUCUGCUCCUACGCACCCUUAAUCCCACCUUUGUUUUCAGUCUGGAGGCAUUCGGUUCUAUUGUGAAUGUCUCGUACAGCUACUUCGCCCUCCUCAAGAGAGUCAAAGGUUAAAUUGUAGUUCCAGAAAACUAAAAGGAUUGUUCCGGCUAGAACGUCAUAGUUUUGGAGCACCUUGUGUAGAAAAUAUGUCGCAUAAAGCUAGUAGUACUGUAAUAAAUGAAUAAAUGUUGAUAGAAAAAUGUUUAAAGUUCUUUAACUUUUCAA